AUGAAGGAGGCAGUCAAAGAAGCGUCGCAGGAGAACAGCACCCCGACCGUGCGGGGCGAAGUAGCCACCGGGGCGAGCUCGCCGAGUGAGGCGUACGCGAACCUCAGCCUCGAGAGCACCGACAGCUCCAUGGCUGACUCGUCGGAGCGCACGCGCAUCGCCUCGUCUGACCCAGGCACUCCAGGCACUCCAGGCACCACAGGCACCACAGGCACUCCAGGCACCACAGGCACCACAGGCACUCCAGGCCAGCGCACCGCCCACCGCGCCUCCUCGCCCGCCAAACGCCUGCACUCAGACAUGGACGCCGCCGGCCACAUGGACGUCGACGCACCCUCAACGAGCCAGUCGAGCCCACGACCCACCAAGCCACUCCCCGCAGCCGCUCUCCAGCGCAGCGCCCGGGCUACGUCCGUAGAGAUGGCAGACGCGCCCAACAACAGCGGCACCUCCGAGGCUGAUGCGUCCAACACGGGCUCGUCAGCCACUAGCGUCGACGCUGCACCGCCGCGAACCGCCGUGCCCAGCCUCGACGAGCAGGUUGCCACAGUCAUGGCCAUGAUGGCGUCUGACCUCGAGGAGCGCCAGGAAGGUUACAUCAUCUCUGAGGCCUGGCUGGAGCGAGUGUCUGCCCGCACCUCCGACGGCCGAACCAGGCCACAAGAGUACAGCAAGGAGGCGACGCAGGGCCCAAUCGGACCCAUCGACAACUCGGCUCUUGUCGAUACCGAAGCUCUGAAAACUCGUCUGGUAGACCUGAGUGGCAACGACUUUGUACCGUUGCGCAAGGGAUUGAUGCUCCAUCAAAACCUCGAGGUAUUGCCUGCGAGAGCCUGGGACCUGGUGGUAGGCUGGUACGGGCUGAAGGACGGUAGUCCUGUCAUUCGCCGUCAUGUCCAGAACACCGUGCCCGACAAGAGCAGCACAAAUCUGCAGUGGGAGCUCAACCCUCCUGUCCUGACAAUUCGCAAAGUUCGACGGCUUGCAGCAACGCCAACUGAGGAGGCGAAGCCCGCACAGCGGAUUGCCGCCAGCAGGAGCGACCAUUUUCAAAAUUUCCUUCAUGUCGCAAAAAAGGCUGCCGGUAUCGACUCGAACAGCAAGGUCCGCGUGUGGAGACUGCUCACGACCGCACCCUCAGACGAAUCACGGCCGAUGACGCAGCCACAGCCAUCGGGCAUAUUGACGCCAGACGCCUCACCACGAGGCGGAUCGCCGGUUGCUGGCGAAGCCGCAGCGCACCUGUCAUUGAUCAUGGACACUGCACGCUUUGCCGGUCUAACAAACGGCACUGAACGCGAGCAAGUCACUGGCAAGGACGAGAAAGCAAACGAAGAGUUCAACCCCCUACUGACUCUGGACGCUGCUGGUCUUACACAGGACCAGGUCAUUGUACUCGAAGAAGCCGACGAGAAAGGCGAAUACAUAUCAGACACUGUUCCCAUCACCACCAAAUUCAAAACUGCAGCACAGCUCAGAGAAGGUUUGAAGAGUGCCAACACGAGUGGUAGAAGCACUCCUACUGGUGGUCCACUUACGCGAGGCAGAACGCGCAACGGCAAAGUCCGUGGCCACGUUGGCCUGACAAACCUGGGCAAUACUUGCUACAUGAACUCCGCUUUGCAAUGUUUGCGAAGCGUGGAAGAGCUCAGCCUCUAUUUCCUCAACAACAAGUGGAAAGAGGAAGUGAACAAGGUCAACCCUAUUGGCUACAAAGGUGCCAUUGCGAGCGUGUAUGCUCAGCUCUUAGAUGGCAUUUAUAGCGUCAAUGCCUCAUCCUCGUUUUCGCCCAAAAACUUCAAGCAGACUCUCGGCAGAGCCGAGGGCCGAUUCAGUGGCUAUGGUCAGCAAGAUUCGCAGGAGUUCCUUAGCUGGCUUAUCGAUGCUCUUCACGAAGAUCUCAACCGCAUUAUCAACAAACCCUACAAAGAGAACCCGGAUUCAGACGACAACACAUUCCGCGAUCCCGAGGCCAUGAAGCAGCUUGGUGAGAUCUAUCGAUCGAAUCAUCGCGCACGGAAUGACUCUGUGUCGACUGAUCUAUUCAACGGCUUCUACAAGAACACGAUGGUGUGUCCAGAGUGUGACAAAGUCAGCAUUACGUUCGAUCCUUACAGCCAGUUGACUUUACAACUACCUAUCGAGCAAGCCUGGGCACACACAAUCACAUACGUACCCCUGUAUGGGGAAAUUCAACAGCUCGAUGUUGAUAUCGACAAGAACGCUACAAUAAAGAUGCUGAAGGAGUACGUCGGCAAGCGUUUCGGUGGCGUGAAGACCAACCGAUUAAUGGCCUCAGAAGUCUACAGCCACAAGUUUUACCGCCAUCUGGAAGACGAUGCCACAAUAUCGGAAUGCAACAUCGCUACCCGCGAUGAUAUUUACUUCUACGAGCUGGAACAUGCUCCCAGCAACUGGCCUGCGCCUAAGAAGAAGGCCAAGUACAAAAGUUUCAUGUCUCACUCUUCUGAAGAAGACAUUCCCACUUCAGCAUCACCACUCCAUGACCGGAUCAUGAUCCCGGUAUUUCACCGGGGGCCCAGUAUGUCCUCGUACCGGGGGCAAGCAUACGCUAUGGCAUUGUGGCCAUUCCAUAUCGUGGUGACUAGAGAAGAAGCAAAAGACUACGAUGCGAUCUUGCGCAAAGUGCUUGCAAAGGUCGCGCAGUCUACAACUCGACCCAUCCUUACGGAACUCAACGGUAACUCCUCAGACCAAUCCCGUCCGGGAUCAGACGUGGUUUUGACGACUGAAGAGGAUACCUUGCCUGAUAGUGACGCACACAUCAAGGACAGCUCUAUUGAGGGUGAAGAUAUGGUCGAGGUCACCAUGAUGGACAACGAGUCAGUCGUUGCCGAGGAAGCGGGCCAUGUCGAAUUCUCGGACGUUCUCAAAGCUGAUAGCUUCAUCAGCCCUGAAUUCAGGCAGCUAUUCGAGAUGAAACAUUCCCGCAAAGGAGCUGAAUUUGUUCCGACUGGCUGGAACACGAUUGAUCAUCAGAAGCCCUUGGAACCUAUCUCCAAGCGGAUUCCUGUACCCUUGGAGCGAGCAGACUCUGAACAAUCCUCCCGUGCAGGCAGCGAAUCAUCGAGCGAGGAUGAACGUUCACCCCAGUCCACUGUUGGUGCCGAUGCUAAUGCCGAUUCUGAGGCUGCUAUCGAGCAGGCCAAUAUUAGCAGCGACGAAGAAAUGCAGUCAAACGAGCCUUCUGAGCCCCUGAGGGGCGGGCGACAGAAAAAGAAGAGCAAGAAGGCAAGGAAGCAUGAGCGAAAGCUGGAGCGGAAGCACAAGAACAACAAAAACUGGAAGCUAAAGAAAGCCAGAGUUCCUGACCAGCCCAUCUACCCUGACAACCCUGAUGAUGAAAAUGAUGGUCUGAUCCGCUUAGGAGAAGCUCUUGUACUUGAGUGGAACCCUGAAGCUUACGAUGCACUCUUCGGUGGCACAUCGGCAGAUGAUUCGCGCGGUAUGGAUGUUAUGAAGACCGUCCAAACAUUCGACGACCCUGAGAUACAGGAGAAGAAGGCUAAGCGAAGCGCUCGCAAGAAAAGCGGUAUCACAUUAGACGAAUGUCUCAUGGAAACCACAAAGACUGAGACCCUUUCUGAGGACAAUCCCUGGUACUGCAGCAACUGCAAGGAGAUGCGUCGCGCAACCAAGACGCUUGAUAUAUGGACGGUGCCUGAUAUUCUUAUCAUCCACCUGAAACGGUUUAGUGGGUUCCGGUCCUUCAGGGACAAGAUCGACGACAAGGUCGACUUUCCUGUCGAAGGUCUAAAUCUGACCGGCAAGGUCGGCUUUCCCGAAGACAAGAGUCUUGUGUACGAUCUGUUCGCGGUGGAUAACCAUUAUGGUGGUCUGGGAGGCGGCCACUACACAGCCACUGCUCAGAACUUCUUCGAUAAGCAGUGGUACGACUACAACGAUUCUUCGGUAUCGAGAUCCUCAGGAGAGGGUGCUGUCACCAAGGCUGCCUAUCUGCUCUUCUAUCGUCGCCGAACCGAUCACCCUUUAGGUCCACCAUCACUGCAAAAGAUCGUCCAGAAGGAGGUCGAUGCCGGCUCUGAGGAUGACUCUGAAACCGAGAACCGAUCGCGCUCACCGGCGGGAAAUGGCUCGCGCCUCGGCGGCUCGUCCCGCAAUGGAUCGUCGAGAGCUGGCGCAGCAGGAGCGGGAGUCGGAGCCCUGCACGAGGGUGGCUCAGCCCUUUUGGCAGCCGUAACCCCUCGAGGGAGCGGAGCAGGAGUCGAGACUCUCGAGGACAAUAGCCCACCUUCGUAUGAUGAUGAGACAUUCUACGAAGAAAACAACUUCAACGGUCUUGAUACUGAUGCGGGCAGUAUGAUGUAUGGGCCGCUCGCUCCCUCAUACCUCAAUGAUGAGCCCGCGUGGAGCUUUGAUCAUAUUGGCAGUCCAAACCACGCAAACGACUCGGAUGAUGUUGCUUCUGACGCGCCGAACCCGGGUUCCAACAACGGUGAGUUCCUGGAGCAGCGUAUGUUGGAGGAUUUUGGCGACGAUGAGAUGGGCACGCAAUACGGCGCCUCGACGCCUAUGCAUACCAUCCAGCCCUUGCCUAGAGGUGAUGACGAAGAGGUCAAGGAUAUCUAUGUUGAGGCCGAUUAG